UUGUUCUGGCGGGCGUGUGGUGGCAGCGCGGCGUCCCUGAGAUAUGCCUGGCUGCGUGACCGCUGUAGCCUGGCCUCUCUCUCCAGGGCAUCGAAGGGCACGGGGAUCUGGCAGCGCUGGUACAGGAUGUGCUUGACCAGCGCCUCCACCACCCCAGCACACGCCCCCACACCCAGGGCAGUAUCCGAGGUGACGGUGACGGCCACGGGUUCCCUGCACCUCGCCCCCCGGCUCUCCGCUGCGGCGGGAGGCACGAGCCGUUUCAUGGCUCAGCUCUGCAGAGCAGCGCUUUUGAGUACCAGCGCAAAUCUAGUAUGGUAUCGAGGCAAACCCAAACAAACAAAGAACGGGACAGGGAAGGCACACGAAGGAAGCACCAAUCUUUACCAACCAGCGAGGCUCCGAUAGAGUGUCUGCCUCUGUGAUCACACUCCAGCACAUGCACACAACUCAGUCCAGAAUGGACAAUAAAGAUGUUCUCUUCACUAAGAAGAUGAGAAUUGUUACAAGAGAAAUCCACGGUGUUAGUGAUGCACUGAUAAAUGCAAAAAUUGGCUUUGCCAUGUCUGCUGACCGGGUGUGGGCGGAAGGUCUGCUUGUGUUUUACGAGGUGUUCCUGUACCUGGAGGGGGCCCUGGACCGCUACUCUCACACCCUCAUUGGGGAGGUGGACAUCCCUGGCAUGAGGAGGAAAGAGGCAUUUGAAAAGGACUUGGCCUACUAUUUGGGUGCUGACUGGAAGGAAGGCUAUGCCCUUCGGGAAAGUGUGCAGCAGUAUCUGAAGCACCUGGAGAAGCUAGAGGAAGAGAAUCCAUACCUGCUGCUGGCCUAUGUAUACCACCUGUACAUGGGACUUCUCUCUGGUGGUCAGAUCCUGCGCCGCAAGAGAGCUCUUCUGCAGAAGCUCAAAUUCUCAAGAAAGGAGUCAUUAGAGGGUCUUGCUGUCACUGAAAUAGAAGGUUCUGUUAGCAAGAUGAAGAAGGAAAUGACAGAUGCCAUGAAUCGCAUUGCUGAGGCUGUGGAUGAGGACUUAAGACAGAGGUUGCUGGAGGAGAGCAAGAUGGUGUUUGUGUUGAAUAAUAACAUGGUGCACUCCAUAGAGGGUGCUGGUGCUGUGGUGACCUUCAAGAUCAUCAAGUUUGGGAUCUGCGGAGCUCUGGCAGUGUUGCUCUUUACGUACAUCAGGAAGUUUUGGAUUGGUUAGGAUGUAUGCUCAAUUGUGUUCUCUAGUUUUUAUUGUAUUAGAACAUUUGGAUCUGUUAAUUAGUCUCUGGUGUGGAUAUAGAAGAUAUUUUAACCACAGAUCAUAUAUCACAAUUAUGAUUCAUGCUCCAAGCUUAUUUUUCUCAGAGGCAGAAAAUAUAUUUACCACAAAGCGUCUACCACAGUUAUAAUUCAUGCUACAAACUUUUUUAUUCUUAGAGAAAACAUUUUUACCACAAACCAUCCACCACAGUCAUAGUUUGUUCAUACUGCAAGCUCAUUUUUCUCAGAAGCCCAUAUAUUUAUUUAUCUAUCCUUAUACCAAACUGAGAUCCCCCCUUAAAAGAAGCUAUUCAAAACAAGACCACCAUCUCCAUGUAGGAAUAAAGAUACAAACAGUGUGGUUUCCAUUCCUCUCAGUGUCCCUUUCAGUCACCUUUUACAAUACACUGAGUAAUUUUUUCACUCCAACAAGGCAGCCAGGCCUUGACCCUCUUACUACACCUGCAUACUUAUUAAUAAGAAUUACCAUAUUUCCAGCUGGUAGCAGUGCUGGUAAUCAAAUUUUGAAUAAUCAUACAUGUAAUUAUUCAUGGAUGAAGAAUUAGUAUGGUGAGUGGUUUCAUAAUUUAAUUGAUUUUUUUAUUAUUAUUGUUAUUUUUUUAAUCAUCCCCAAUACAACCUUAAAGUUUUGUCCUACGCUUAAACUUUGUUCAUCUCAUUGUUGACUUGUAUCAUUGCUGUGUUGGGAGAAUUGUAUCAUGUUAACAGUAUUUCAAGCAUUCACUCCUUGAAAAUGGAUCAAACUUAAGGAUUUAUCACCAUAGGAUUGUGUCAUAGGCUGUGGCAGGAUUGGUGGAGCUAACAUGCCAAGGAACCUAACCAGUCUUCCUUACAUGAAAUCAAACUUUGUCCACAUUGAUGAGCUGCCAGGUUGUAAAUAUGUAUAUUUCAUUUAUGUAUAGCAUGUAAAUGUAACAUUAAACCAACAUUUGUAUUGCAAUUCAAUUCUGUAUUGCAGUUUACAGUAUUAGCAUUACUUCCUUGCCAAAAAAAAGUUGAAGACAAU